GUGGAGAAGAUGUGAUCCUCCAUCUGUCUGUCUGUCCUGUUUGUGAAGGUUCAUCAACACUGCUGUGAAUAAGAAGCUUUAUGCAAAGUUUCCAGGAAGCAUGUGACUUCCAGUCUAGUGCAGUAGAGGUUUCUAACUACAACCACAUCACACUUUGCUAAUUAGGCAGGGCGAGAGAGAGAGAAAGAGAGGGAGUGAAGCAGAGCAAGAAAGAAAGAGUGCGAGUGCUGCAGUCUUUACUCAUUCUUCAGUGGACCGCGAUCCGUUCACAUCUCUCUUCUGAACACAUGCAGUCUCAUAUAGCCUGAGACAGACAGAGACAGACAGACAGAUAAACAGGCUGAGAGAAAGACAGACGCUGAAGGAGGUCAAAGGUUUCACGGGGACUGAAGUGGCAUGGCUCAGGGCUCUGACAACAGCGACACCAGCUACACCAAAUCCCCCUCACCGGGCAAUAAACAGGGUUCAACGGAUGACGUAAGGAAGGUGAUGAGGAGAGAGAAGAACCGCAUCGCGGCGCAGAAGAGCCGAAUGAGACAAACGCAGAAAGCCGACAGUCUGCACCUGGAGAGUGAAAAUUUGGAGAAGGAAAACGCAGCGCUCAGGAAAGAGGUGAAAAGACUCACGGAGGAGGCCAAAUAUCUGUCCACGGUCCUGAGCAACCAUGAGCCGCUGUGCACGGGCCUGAGCGGCGCGUCCACGGAGAUUCUGUACGGCGCGCACCACGGCGCGUUCCACCAGCAUAUCAGCGUGCCGCACUACCCGCUCUGACCGGCAGAGGCCGCUGGAGUUCCGCACGGAAUCCGCCUGUGGGCGACAGUCAAUGAACUUUGGUUUGAGUCAUUAACCACAAAACAUCAGUCAUCAGCGGGCAUUGAAGUGAUCUUAAAAUCAUCUACUGAAAAUCAGAAAAAUAUAACAAAAGCCUCCAGAUGUAACGAUUUUUGUGACAAUGAUAUCUUAAUAUCAUCUUUAGUUUUUAUUUUUUGUCUGAAGUAAAAAAAAAUCCCAGCUCCUUGAACAAAACCUCAUGUCUGUAAAAUGCAAGCAUCUGUAGAGUUAAACGUCGGCUACUUGCAAAGGUGCAUGGCAAUGACACAAUGAAUGUUUUCAAUUUAGAUUUCAAUAGAAGCCACUCUACUGAUUCAUAUGAUCAUUUAUUUUAUUCUAUUUCUGUGAAAUGUUUAUGAGACGACUGGACUUGAUUCUAAGAAAAAAUGAUGUUGGUUGUUUAUCCUGUUCACAGAUUAUGUGUGAAUGUUUUUCUAUUAUGACUCAUUUAAGGUGUUGAAUUGGUCAAACAUUCUGAAUGUACUUUAUACACAAUUCUAGCCGAUUAUUUUUAUUCUAAACCCUUUGGGAUAUUCUAAAGUUGUACAAACUGCUGCGUUAUCCUAUAUCUCAAAUACGGAGGAAGGAACAUUUGUAUGUGAUCUUCUGCAAUCACCUGUGAUAAAAUAAUAAAAACAUAAAAUAUACACACAUUUUUAUGAAUUUGAA